UGACAGAUUGAUCAUCUGGGACACUCAUCCUGCAUGACAACUCAGUUGCUUAAAUUAAACUGUGACUCUUAACAAAAGCAUAAAUGUCACUGAGAACAUUCAAGAUCUUUGAUGUCAUUAAACCUUUUCAAUCUAGGAUAUUUAUAUGAAUUGGCAUAAGCUCUCUUCUGUUUGUUCAACCAUUAAGGUAACCUGUGACCGUAAAUGAACUGUUAAUAUUAUUAGUGACUAGUGAGGGUUUUUUUUUUUAGAAAUAAAACAGGAAAAUUGAGAAGUUGGCCUUGUAUUUUUUGUUAAGUUUCAUGUAUAAUACUUACUUUUUUCCUAGUGACCCUAUUUAUUCAAAAAGUUUUAACAAAGUUUUAUUUUUAAUAAAUAAAAUGACCGCAGAAACAUUAAAAUAAUGAUAUUAACACCAAUGGCCAGAUUUUAAAUAAAUAAAAAAUGGUUGUGUGACUACAAUCAACAAAGUUUGACAAAAAAAAAAAAAAAGUUUUAUAAAAUUAUACACCCCAAAUUUCAGACUAACAAAGGGAAUAUGAAUCAAAAUGAUAAAUGAUUAUAGAUAUUUUAUCUGUUCUGUUAAUAAUUCUAGAUAGCUUAUUUUCCAUCAACGUUAAACUUUACAAUAGUGCAUAAAAACUCGGUAUGAUUUUUGCAUUGGUUUGAACUAAAACGGCAGACAGACUAAAUGAAAAUAUAAAUCCAUUUCCUGCCAGUAGGUGGUGCUUACUGAACAGCAUAGAGCUGUUUCCCCGGUAACCGUUGUAAACAAAACAGCGCUGCUUAUAAACACUGCUAUAUUUUAGGCAGUAUAUGGAGCCAGUAACAGAAGUUUGGUACAGAGACUGCUGGACUAGCCAUUGACUUCAUUGGGACCGUCAGGGAUACUGCACGAUCAAUAUGGCUCUACCCAUAGAUCCCAUGGAGGAGCCGCGGAUGUACCAGCAAACCCUGCUGCAGGAUGGUCUAUACGAUCUUCUGGAGAGCGAUAUGAUGGUUGAUUGUGUGUUGAAGAUCAAAGACAAGGAGUUUCCCUGCCACCGGUUGGUCCUGGCUGCUUGCAGCUCGUACUUCAGAGCUUUCUUUAAGUCAGGUGUGGAGGAGAGUAAACAGAAAGAGAUUGUAUUGGAGGAUGUGGAGCCUGGAGUCAUGGGGAUGAUCUUGAAGUACCUCUACACCUCGAACAUCAAUGUGACGGAACAAAACGUACAAGACAUCUUCGCUCUGGCCAACAUGCUUCAGAUUCCCUCGAUUUUCACUGUAUGUGUCUCGUUCCUGCAAAAGAGACUGAGUUUGAGCAACUGUUUGGCAAUUUUUCGACUAGGCCUGAUGCUGGAUUGUCCUCGUCUGGCCAUAUCGGCGAGGAACUUCUCUUGUGAACGCUUCCAGUUAAUUAGUCGUGAUGAAGAAUUCCUGCAACUGACUCCAAGUGAAUUGGCAGCCAUUAUCUCAUCGGACUCUUUGAAUGUAGAAACGGAGCAAAAUGUUUUUGAGGCUUUGAUUAAGUGGAUUGGACAUGACCAAGAGAAGAGGCUGGAGGACCUACCGGGUCUGCUGGAUUGCGUCAGAUUACGUCUGGUUCCCGAGGACUACUUUACUAAAAACGUGGAGAAACAUGAAUGGUUGAGCUCAAACCCAGAGAUCACCAAGAAACUGCAACUGGUCAAAGACGCCCAUGCUGGGAAGCUUCCUGAAGUCAAGAAGAACAAAAGCAAAAAGAGUGCUGGUCAGGAAGGAAAGAAGAAGGGAGACGAAGAGGAGGAAGAAGAGCAGGAGGAGCUACUUCCAGGAAUCUUGAAUGACAAUCUGCGGUUUGGGAUGUUCUUGAGAGACUUGAUCUUCUUGAUCAAUGACACUGCAUCGGUGGCUUAUGACCCAACGGGAAAUGAUUGUUAUGUGGCAUCGAUCUCCACCCAAAUUCCCAAAAACCACUGCAGUCUGGUCACAAAGGAAAAUCAGAUAUUUGUGGCAGGUGGACUCUUUUUUGAUGAGCAGAGCAAAGAUGAACAGAUCUAUUCAUACUUUUUGCAGUUUGACCCUGCAACAUCAGACUGGAUGGGCAUGCCUCCCAUACCCUCUCCCCGCUUCCUGUUUGGCAUGGGAGAGGCAGAAAACUUCAUCUUUGUUAUUGGAGGAAAAGAAAUGAAGGAAGGAGAAUGCAUUCUGGACACAGUCAUGGUUUAUGACAGACAGUAUCUUAAAUGGGCCGAGUCCGAUCCUCUUCCCUACUCAGUAUAUGGCCACGGAGUAGUGUCUCAUAAUGAAAUGAUCUAUGUAAUUGGAGGAAAGGGAGAGAACAAAGAGUGUUUGAAUAGAGUGUGUGUGUAUGACACUAAAAAGCGUCAGUGGAAGGAUCUGGCUCCAUUAAAUACUGCACGCUCACUCUUUGGGGUCACAAUUCACAAAAACAAGAUCUACGUGGCAGCUGGUGUGACUGACACUGGCCUCACAGGCAACACUGAGGUCUAUGACAUCAAAACCAACAAGUGGUCAGAGUUUGUGGAGUUUCCCCAGGACCGCAGUUCACUUAGCUUGGUCACUGUGGGUGGCGUCCUCUAUGCUACAGGUGGAUUUGCAAUGUUCCCCAAAGAGGAUGGCGAUGAUCUCAUGCCACAGGAGAUGAACGACAUCUGGAGGUAUGAUGAAGGCGAGAGGAAAUGGAACGGAAUACUGAGAGAGAUUCAAUAUGCAUCUGGUGCAACAGUUCUGGGAGUUCGUCUUAACACUCUUCGGUUCACUAAAAUAUGAGAAAACACCAGUGAAUUACAAACUCUCUGCUGAUUUUGAAUCAGAUAUUAUAGUGUGGGACAAAGUGAAACCAAGUCGGAACCAGCACGAAACAUAAGAGGACAGAACAUCUGUUCUCAAACUCAUUCCAUGAAAGUGAUCAAUUUGAUAUUCAACACACUUUAUCAUUUGGAGCAGAGAGAACAAGCACAGAUAUUGUGAAAAUAAGGCUUUGGAAAUGCUGUUUCUGAACAAUUUUAUUAUGGACAGAGCUUCUUGUGUUGUGUACUUUUUUAAAUUUAUUGUUAAUGUGACAUUUCUGUUGUCCUGAAUGAGAGAAAGCUCCCAAAGUAAAGUAAAAACAAACACAAAUGCUUGGGCUCAUGUUUCAUUUAGUUCACUAUUGAAAUUAUUAUUUUAUUUUGUUUUAUUACAGACAAUAAAUACUACCCAGUACAAUAAAUGACAUAAAAUACAGCCUCAUUUUAUUAGCACCGCUAGACUCUAGUCCUUGUAUUGUAUAGUAUCCUGCUGACAGAACCAGCAUGACUGCCAACUGCAUGUACACAAACUUAACUAAGACAUGUAGAAUUAAAACGUAGGAACAGUCACACUCAUGAUUGGCUUAAUACAUUGAAAGUAUGGGUUUAAGUAUUACAUGUUAGAAAUUUUUUUUUUUGAAUUUGGUUUCAAAAUGUCUUUUUAAGAUUGUGAGUGGUUCCUUUAAAAUCUUAAACAGACAAUAAGAAAAACUACCCAAACUCUGAAGUGCAAAUCAUCUUUCGCUAUCACUUAUUAUUUAUUACAAAGGAUAGCACACACCAGAACAAACUAAAAUAACAGACAAAUCCUUCUUUCUUUCCAAAAUCACUUAAAUAUACAUAUUUAAAAAACAAAACAAAAAAAAAAAAACCAAGAAGGCCACAAACAUCCCAAAUCUUUCUCAAUAAGCAGCAAACUAGGAAUACAUGCUAGUAAAGUAUGCAAAAUACAAAAAAGAAGUUUUAAAGACUUCCACCUUUUACUCUCCCUCACAACCUGUGAGAGAAACAUGUUCUUUCAGAUGCACAAAAUCAAAUCAUUCAACUCUUCAAAUGGCCUUUUACUUACUACCAUAUUUUCAGAGAUGGAGGUUUAUUUACCUCUGUGCAAUUUCACUUCACAUAAAAUAUAAGACUUUAACAAAGAAAGAAAGAAAUUAAGGAAAAAAAUGGGCAUAACAAAAAGCCUUCAGCAGUAUGUUCUUUAUAAUCUUUUUAACACAACUUGUGUCGUACCACAAUUUUAAUAAUUUAAAUAAAGUGCACACAAAAAUUCAGUAAAAACGGAAUUCUGUGGUAAUUCAACUUGUGAUAAGACCAUAAUACAUCUUAGAAAAUGCUUCGGGGAAGUUUUUAAUAUUUAAAUAUGUCGAAAAGAAAAAUGAGAUAAAAUAUGUUCCGAAACAUGCAUCCUCAGUGUUUUAGUAUAAGGUGCAAUAUGACAUUGAAAAACAUGUAAAGAACACCAACAACAGGAUUCGAUCCGUGGCUUGAACAAUUAUCAUCUGGCAUAACAUUAUUGCAGGAUUUCUACCAAAUACAAAAUGUCCUUUCUAAAGUCCUCCUGGUGAUGGUCUCUGCUCAGAUCACCAUCAACUUCAAUCAUGCCACCGUAAUUUCAACCUACACAUUCAUGAUCAUGGCAACUCUAUUCCAUCACACACUCAAGGCAGGUUUGUUAUAAUGCCUCUAUAUUGAGCUGGUUAUGACUGACAAACUGGCUUUCAGUUACAGAGAUGAACAUAUUGAUCAAUGCAGAAUACUGACAAUUACUGUGGGUCUUAUUGCUUAAAAAUUAGUAUGUUAUGUGAGUUCAGUCAGCGCUGCUUUUUAAUAAUGAUUCUAGAACUUCUACAAUUACAUUCCAACCUUAAAGGGAUACUGUAGCCAAAAAUCUAAAUUCUCUCAUCAUUUACUUAUGCAGGAGCUUGAAUAUUCUGGAAGCCAUAAUUAUGGAAGCCUGUUUCCACCACAGAAUAAAAGGAUAAAAAAAAAAAAGGUUAUUGCUUUUUAACUGCUUUUUAUUCCAUGGAAGAAAUGUUCUUCCGUAAUUAAUAGCGCCGUUUGUGAAAAAAUAAAUGAAUAUGAUUUUCAAACGAUAUGAGGAUAAGUAAAUGUUAACAGAAUUUACAUAUUGGUGAACUAUCCCUUUAAAGGACCAUUCUACCGGGACUUUCAAAAACUUCUUAAAAAAACACAUACCAUUUAAAAACACUUGCCAUAACCUGCAUUAAGCGGAGUUUUCUUAACCCAGGAACAUGACUGAUGUACUGAGAACAAUGUAAGGUAAGAUUUAAGAUGCAAGGUCAAAUUUAGAGCUUAUUCCUCAUAUUUAAGCUUAUUUCCAUCUUGCAAGUUCUUUCAUGAAUGCUGACCUCUACAUCUCAUCACAUUCAUUUGACUCUAUAAAGAAUGUAAACAAAGAAAACUGAUUAAACAAAAACUGACAGGAAACACAGAAUUUAUUUACAGACUAUGUAUGUUUAUAUAUGUAUCAUAUAUAUGUUUGUGUGGGUGUGUGUAUGUAAAUAUAUAUAAAUAUAUAUUGGAUAAUACCUAUUAUAAUACUACAUUUUACUGCUCCUAGAGUUGUUAGAGUUUUCUUGAACUAUAUUUUGUCUAUAUAAUCCUCUGACAUUGGGUAAGGAUUUUUUUUUCUUUUCUAUAAACUCUUUUUAUAUUCUAUGUGGCCUCUUAACAGGACCAUCUUACAGUGUACAUGAGUCCCAAAAGGCCAGUCUAAUAGUUUGCUACAUAAUUACAUUUUUAGGGCACAAAACAAAAACAUGAUUUUCAUCAUUUAGCUAAUCAAUUUUCCACAAGUUAUUCAGGCUAUUCAUGUCAUUCAAAGCCAUCGAAAAAUAGUGUAAAGUGAAAAAAAUAUAUUAAUGAAAGCAUUAAUGGUGACUAAUAAAUUGAUGUAAAAAAAAACUAAACUGAUAAACCUGCUCGAUGUACCAAAAAGCAUUUAAGACAUUCAACACAAAAAUAUUUUUGAACCAAACACACCCUGGUGUUCAUCCAGAAUUGAUAUUGCCUCCGUGCAAAUAAAAAAACACUCCUUUUCACACUCUUUUCUUCACAAGUGGUUUAGGCCUUUCAGAUUUUGCCAUUACACAUAUGGCCAACACUGAGAGUAAAGUGCUCUGGAAAUAAAAAAAAAAAAAAAA